CACUUUUGUGUAUUUUGCACUUGAAUCAGACAAUCGAAGAGAGUUUUGCAUUGCGGUCUUCCUCCACGCCACAUAUUCGCAAUUUGGUGUCAACAAAGGAAGUGAAGCCACGAACGAGUGACAAUCGAAGUGAGUCGAGGAGCUUUGCCACCAUCUUGUGAACUUAACGGCGCACUUUGGCAAAUAAUGAACGAUUCUCUUCAAAGAAAAAGACGUUCAGCGGUUGAUGCCACAACCAGCUGAAGUUUACUCUGAAACCCGGUUCAUUUUGGAAACCGCCAUUGACGUGCUACUGUUAGCAUCUCCGUGGUGGCAAGUGAAGCAACACAUAUAGACUGACAGUCCCCCAACAAACACAGUCAUAUUCUUUCUCCUCUGCAGAGAAUGACUAAUAUCGUUGCGGCUUAUCGAGCCAUGGGGGUCAUGUCAGUGGGAAUCGACGCUCUUCUUCGUUUGUCUGCAUGGCUGUACUAUACUGCCCUCUAGCGGACAAAGCGGGCACACCAGCAGGAGCGGCAGAAUGAAUGCACGCAUACGUGCAUUCAACUGCACCAACGGAAUAUCGGAUAAAUGGCAUUUCCAGUGAAAUGUCUGCGAAUUUGUAAAUUCUAAUGAGAAUACAGAUUGAAUAAAUUGUCAGGUGAGCACCAGCCAACGAAAUCUGCGGGUUCCUUGUUGCCGGGCGAGGGACGGGCGGAUUGCGUGCGUGCGCGUUCAUUCAAAUUCCGCGGAGAAGAGAUGAAGACGGGAGAUUCCUUUCAACGCCCGCAAACAUUUCAUGACAGCGCCUGAAGCAGCCGGUAUGUCACCAUGGCAACGGAAGUGGGGGAUAACAGCGAAGCGCGGCGACGUCCGAGACCUAAAAAGUGAAAAAAAAAAAAAAAAAAAAAUGUCCGCAGCCGGGCCCUUUGAUGAAGCGCACCCUGCCGUCGCCUGGAACAAAAUGGCCGACGGGGAGCGCGGCGCUAUCGUGCCGAGCGCGACGCGUCGACACUCGGGGUCGUCCAAUCGGAAGCUCGCAAGAAACAACGCGGAGGACGAGGAAUUGCACAACAAACAAUCGGACUUCUUCGGAACCGGGAAUGAGACCCAUCCCGGACCAAAUACUGGAGAAGGAAUCCGAGUGCAGAGAUCCUGUCUGUCACAACAAAACACCGAAGACCCGAACCCAAAAUCUCAAGGCUGCCGCAGGAAUUACGCUGAGACGCCCGAGCUCCGCCAUGGGAGGAAAACUGAGCAAGAAGAAGAAGGGCUACAACGUCAACGACGACAAGACCAAGGAGGCGGCGGAGGGGGGGCCGGCCAAGGACAUCAAAGGGGAGAGCGCCGCACCCGCGGACGCCGACGACACGGCGCCCGCCAAGGAGGCGCCGCCCGCCGCCGCCGCCACGCAGCCGGAAAAGGAGGCCAAGGGCGAGCCCGCCGAGGAGGCCCCGCCCACCGCCGCCGUCAAAGAUGAGGCCGACGCCAAAAAGACUGAGGCCCCCAAAGCUGAGGAGGGGCCCAAAGCCGCGGAGACCCCCAAGGAUGGCCCUAAGGAGACCCCCAACUCCACGGCGGCCCCCGAAGCUCCGCCCAAAGACGCCGGCGUGGAUCUGAGCAAAGAUCAAAGCGCCGCCGCUCAAGCCUGAUUGGUGAACGCCCACUUCGGACAAUAACAACGAGAAUUGAGGACGACCCGCCCGCUGAAGUUGCGAAGUGAAGAGUUUUCUGAUUAACUUUGACCCCUGACCCCAAGCCCGCCUGUCAUCUCACGUCAUCGCAUGAUCGCCUCGCCAAACUUUCUUGAAAUUCUUCCAAAAUCGUCAAAAUAUUUCUGAAAUAGUCAAACAGUACAUUUUGUACUCAAAAAAAGAAAAGAAAAACAGACAAAAAAACAAAAAAUUAAAAACAAACCAAAAAAAAAAAAAAAAAAAACCUCAACAAUUUGUAAUAUUUCUACGCUGGUUUGAAACUUUAGUACUUUACUCAACUCUGAUUUUGGUCUUGUAGAGUCUGCUUCUUCUGUGGUGUAGUCCGGCACUAGACUUGUUCUGGUCCGGGACGAUUAUGGUUCAAGACUGGUUCUAACCUGGUACGAUACCCUGGUUCUAGUCUAAUUCCGAUCUAGUAAUGGUCAAGUACCAGACUGUUACUGUGUAGUACUAGUCUGGAAAUACUCUGCUUCUAAAUUGGUACGACUGUAGUUUGGCUCCAAUCUCGCUCUGAUUUGCAUCAAACUACCCGUUUCCAAAUUAGUUCUGGUCUAUUUUUGGACAAGAUCUGGAUUGUUUUUAGUCUGGUUCUUGCCUUGGACUAGUCGGAAUUGGUUCUGAUCUGGCUCUUGUCUAUUUCUGGUUUAGUUCUAAAUUGGUUUUAAGAUGGUACUAGUCGGAUUCUGGUCUGCUUGUUGUCUAAAUCUGAUCUACUUCUCUUCUGAUUCUAAUCUGGUCCUGUCUACCUUGGGUCUGGUUCCAGUCUGAGUCUAAUUUGGUCCGAGGAUGGUCAUAGUCUGGGAUAAGUACGGUUCUAAUUUGGUACUGGACUGAUUCUACUUUAAUUUUGGUCUGUUCUAAAUUAGUUCCGAACCGGUACUCACUUGGUGUUGGUCUGGUUCUAGGCUGGUUCUAAAUCAGUACUGAUCUAGCCCUAGCCUAGUUCUGGUCAGGUUCCGGUCUGGGACCAGUGCGGAGGUAGUUUGGUUCAAAUUUGGUCCUCGUCUGCUACGACUGUCGUUUGAUUCUAGUCUAGUCGUGGUCCGCAUGGGGCUAUUCUGGUUCGGAAGUUUCUUUUGGCCUUGUACUACUCUGGUCCCGGUCCACAAGGAAGAGAGAAGACAUCAGAACUGGCCCUGGACCCCAAAUUAAAAAGGACAAAAGUCCACAACUGACGUCCCUGCCAAAUGUUGGGAGCCGCUGAUCACGAAGCGUUAACGACGCAGCCUGCAUCCCCGUUUCUACGGCAACCGUCCUCACGCAACUCCUCAUCCGUCCGUCACGGCUUCACCUCCUCCAAAGCCCACGUGAGCGCACGCAAAGGUUUUCGGGACGAAGGGUCCCGAAAACCUUUGAGUCGGCGAGCGUCCCAAAACCCUCGACCGCACGUUGCGUGUAGUGGCGUGCGUGUCCACGGCAACCGUGUGUCUCCAUCCCAGCCGGCGGCGCUCGCUCCAGGUCCCGAAAAACACAGCAAAGAUGAAGAAGAAAAAGAAAUUGAAGUUUCAAAGUUGGAUGUUUACUUGUUAAAAUGGUGCAACAGUCGUAAUAAAAAAAAAAGUACCAAAUGUUGUUGUUGCUGUGUGGUUUCCAUGACAACACAACUCCUCCAAUCACGCUGGACGCUGAUUUUCAUUUGUGCGUCGCCUUAAUAGCAUCAUUAGCGCCAUUAGCCUUUUUAUUGCUAAUAACAUUGUUAACGUCGCUAGUGCAGCGAGCAUUUUUUGUGCCCCCCCCCCACUGAAGAUCUGCCGGGGGUUGCGCAAUUUCGGGGCAUUGGCCAGGGUGCAAAGUUUUGAAUCCGUAAUUUCCACGGGGGGGGGACUGCCACUGAGCACCGCUAGCUAGCAUUGUUAGCACUGAUUGCUAACUCCAUCCACCCCUCCCUUCUCAACUGCGUUCUGUGGCAGGCGGGCGAGGGUGUCGUCGACAUUGAUGCUGGGCGACCCCCCCGCUGACAAGGGCCCCCUCCUUCUGCUGCCCCCACCAAACCGAGCGACACGAUUGGCCUGCCGGCUUCCUGCAUCGUGACCGAUGGUUGCUAAGGCGACGCCGGUGCCCACUCUC